AUGCACCCGCCUGGUGCACCCACCUGGUGCACCCACCGGUAUACCACCUGGUACCCACCUGGUGCACCCACCUGGUGCACCCACCCGGUAUACCCACCUGGUGCACCCAAUGGUGUACCCGCCUGGUACCCACCUGAUGUACCCGCCUGGCGCACCCACCUGAUGUACCCGCCUGGUGCACCAAUUGGUGUACCCACCCGCGUACCCGCCUGGUGCACCCACCCGGUGUACCCACCCGGGUGCACCCACCUGGUGCACCCUACCUGGUGCACCCACCAGGAACUGCCUGGCGUACCCAUGCACCCACCGGUGUACCCGCCCGGUGCACCCAACUGA